AUGUGUGGAAUUUUCGGCUAUAUCAACUACCUCGUCGAGAGGGACCGUCGGUUUAUCAUCGAUACCCUGCUCAAUGGUCUCUCACGACUGGAGUACCGGGGCUAUGACUCCGCGGGCAUGGCCGUCGAUGGCAACAAGAAGAAUGAAGUCUGUGCCUUCAAGGAAGUGGGCAAGGUGGCCAAACUGAAGGAGCUCAUUGCAGAGCAGGAUGUGGACAUGUCCAAGAUCUUUGAGUCUCACGCAGGUAUCUCUCACACUCGCUGGGCCACUCACGGUACGCCCUCGCGCACAAACUGCCACCCACACCGAUCGGAUCCCUCGUGGGAAUUCGCGGUCGUUCACAACGGUAUUAUCACCAACUACAAGGAGCUGAAGGCUCUCCUCGAGACCAAGGGGUUCCGCUUCGAGACGGAGACCGACACGGAGUGCAUUGCCAAGUUGGCCAAGUACCUGUACGACCAACACCCGGACAUCGAGUUCACUGUUCUGGCCAAGGCCGUCAUUAAGGAGCUGGAGGGUGCAUUCGGGCUGCUGAUGAAGUCCGUGCAUUACCCUCAUGAGGUGAUCGCGGCCCGCAAGGGUUCCCCGCUGGUGAUCGGUGUGCGCACAUCCAAGAAAAUGAAGGUGGACUUUGUGGACGUGGAGUUUUCCGAGGAUGGCGCUCUCCCGGCUGAACAGGCCUCCCAGAACGUAGCCGCGAAAAAGUCGGCCACGAGCCUCCUGGCCCCGCCGGACAAGUCGCUGUUGCACCGUUCCCAGUCGCGGGCAUUCCUGUCCGACGACGGCAUCCCCCAGCCCGCCGAGUUCUUCCUCUCGUCGGACCCCUCUGCCAUCGUGGAACACACCAAGAAGGUGCUCUAUUUGGAAGAUGAUGAUAUUGCCCAUAUCCACGAAGGACAGCUGAAUAUCCACCGCCUGACCAAGGAUGAUGGCACCUCCAACGUCCGCGCCAUCCAGACCAUCGAGCUGGAGCUGCAAGAGAUCAUGAAGGGCAAGUUUGACCACUUCAUGCAGAAGGAGAUCUUUGAGCAGCCUGAAUCCGUGGUGAACACGAUGAGAGGUCGUCUGGAUGCGGUCAACAAGAAGGUCACCCUGGGAGGUCUUCGCCAGUACAUUACUACCAUUCGCCGCUGCCGACGAAUCAUCUUCAUUGCCUGCGGAACCAGUUACCACUCCUGCAUGGCCGUGCGGGGAGUUUUCGAGGAGCUGACGGAGAUCCCCAUCGCCGUCGAACUCGCAUCGGACUUCCUCGAUCGCCAGGCGCCAGUAUUCCGAGAUGACACCUGCGUCUUUGUCUCCCAGUCGGGCGAGACGGCGGACUCGCUGAUGGCUCUCCGCUACUGUCUCGAGCGGGGUGCCUUGACGGUUGGCGUUGUCAACGUGGUCGGCUCUUCGAUCUCGCUUCUCACCCACUGCGGUGUGCACAUCAACGCCGGUCCCGAGAUUGGUGUCGCCUCGACAAAGGCCUACACCUCCCAGUUUGUGGCCAUGGUCAUGUUCGCUUUGUCCCUCAGCGAGGACCGCGCCUCGAAACAGAAGCGCCGUGAGGAGAUCAUGGAGGGCUUGGGCAAGAUUUCCGAGCAGUUCAAGCAGAUCCUUAAGCUCAAUGACCAGAUCAAAGAGAUGUGCGCCAAGUUCUUCAAGAACCAGAAGAGUUUGCUUCUGUUGGGUCGUGGAGCCCAGUUCCCCACUGCUCUUGAGGGUGCCCUGAAGAUCAAGGAAAUCUCUUAUCUCCACUGCGAGGCGGUCAUGUCCGGCGAACUGAAGCACGGUGUGCUCGCUCUCGUGGAUGAGAACCUCCCGAUCAUUAUGAUCCUCACUCGCGACAACCUCUUCACCAAGUCACUGAAUGCCUAUCAACAGGUCAUUGCUCGCGGUGGCCGCCCCAUUGUGAUCUGUAACCCCGACGACCCGGAGUUCUCGUCUGCGCUGACCGAAAAGAUCGAUGUGCCCAAGACGGUGGACUGCCUGCAGGGCCUGCUCAAUGUGAUCCCACUGCAGCUGAUCUCGUACUGGCUGGCAGUCGGCGAGGGCCUGAAUGUGGAUUUCCCGCGCAACCUGGCCAAGUCGGUGACGGUUGAGUAG